AUGAAGUACUCAUUCACCGUCGCUGCCCUGGCCGCAGGCGCAUACGCCACCAACCUGCCCAGAGUCAUCCUCGAGCGUGACCUGGCCACCAUCCAGGGGGUUAUUGGCGAUGUCUCCACCAAGCUGCAGGCCCUCAACACCGCGGCCCAGAGCUUCAGCGGCGACGCCAGCGCCCUGACGAGCGCGUCCAGCGACCUGUCCAGCACCAUCAAGUCGGGCACCAGCACCGUGCAAGGCACAGACGCGCUGACGCUCACCGACGCCGUGUCGCUGCAAUCGACGGUGCAAGGCCUCCAGGGCAACGCCCAGACGCUGGUCGACAACCUGUCGUCCAAGAAGUCGGCCAUCGAGCAGGCCGGUCUCUGCGACACCGUGCUGCAGCAGUCCCAGGGCCUGUCCACCGACUCCCAGGCCCUCAUCGACGCCGUCGUCUCCAAGGUGCCCCAGGAGGCCCAGUCCAUCGCCCAGAACCUCGUCGCCGGCUUCACUGCCACCCUCCAGCAGAACCAGGCCAACUUCGCCCAGGGCAACUGCACCAACGCCAGCGGUGGCAGCGGCGGCGGUGGUUCUACGCCUACUUCCACCGGCAGUGGCUCGUCGCCUUCCAGUGCUAAGAGCUCGUCUACUAAGCCUACUGCUACUGGUGGCGGCGGUGGCUCUUCCGGCGGCUCCAACGCUACCCGCACCACCGGUGCCGGCGGCGCGACUCCUACCUCAUCUACCCCGGCUACCUUCACCGGUGCUGCUGUCGCGAAUGCCGUGCCCGUCGGUCUCCUCGGCCUCCUGGCUCUGCUCCUCUAA